AUGCCUAUCUCAAGAGAUGCCCUCCCUGUCUCGCAAGACCUGCUAUACGAAGUAGCUCUUGCCUUGUGGAGAACUGUCGUAACCAUAUUCUUCCGGGAGAUUAGGCCGAGAGGUGCAUUCCAUAUCCCUCGCGAUGGACCCGUCAUCUUCGUAGCUGCUCCUCACCAUAACCAGUUCCUUGACCCCUUAUUGCUCACGUUACAAGUCCACCGAGAGACGAGGCGGAAAGUACAGUUCCUCAUUGCGGCAAAGAGUAUGAAGAGGAAGGUUAUUGGGUUCUUUGCAAUGAUGAUGUCAAGCAUCCCAGUUGUUCGCGCUGCAGAUGACGCGAAACCUGGAAUCGGUCAAGUCAUGAUCUCCGACGACGACCCGUGUCUUGUCAUCGGUUUCGAUACUCGCUUCACGGAAGAGUUCACUCCCCAAAUGCAAAUCAUGCUUCCCAAGACUGUUAAUUUCGCCGUAGCAGAGGUCGCGGAGGUCAUCUCGGAUACACAGCUCCGUAUCAAGAAGGAGUUCGGAGGAGAGAGUGGAAAGGGUACCGUCCGAAUUCGCGAGAAGACAAAGGAGCUGCGGGCAGACGGGAAGCAAGGCUUCGACUUCAAGAAACUACCUCACGUCGACCAGAAAGAGAUGUAUCAUCAUGUGUAUCAAUGUCUCACAGAAGGCGGCUGCAUAGGUAUUUUCCCUGAGGGCGGGAGUCAUGACCGUACCGAUCUGCUUCCACUGAAGGCGGGCGUCUCUCUGAUGGCACUAGGUGCUAUGGCGAACGACCCGCAUGUCAAAGUCAGAAUAGUUCCAGUUGGGUUGUCAUACUUCCACCCACAUCGCUUCCGGUCGAGGGCCGUCGUUGAAUUCGGGACAGCCCUGGAUGUCCCCCCGGAGUUGGUAGAGAUGUACAAGGAAGGGGGCGCACGGAAGCGAGAGGCUGUCAGCAAACUACUGGACUAUACCUAUGACGCGCUGAAGACAGUCACCAUCCGGGCCCCGGACUACGAGACUUUGAUGCUUUGUCAAGCGGCGCGCCGUCUGUACAAGACUCCCGGUCAACAUUUGACACUCGGUCAAGUUGUAGAACUCAAUCGUCGCUUCCUGGAAGGUUACCUACAUUUCAAGGACGAGCCCAAGGUCCAGAAGUUGCGCAACGACGUUCUAAAUACAACCGCAUGGUACGGGAUCUCGGCCUGCGAGACCAUCAGGGCCAGUUGGAAGACACUGGGUCUACUCCUGUAUCGCCUGGGUCUCUUAUUCGUUUGGACGAUGCUUGCACUCCCUGGUGUCAUCUUGAACGGACCAAUCUUCCUAGCAGCGUCAAUCAUGUCAAGGAAGAAGGCCAAAGAGGCGCUCGCCGCUUCGACUGUCAAGAUUGCUGCCCGAGAUGUUGUAGCGACAUGGAAAGUCCUAAUCUCACUGGGGAUGACUCCUCUCCUCUACGGGUUUUACGCAUUCCUGGCCACCAUGAUAGUCGUCAGAGCUGGUGCGCCCCUGGAGGUGAAGAUCUGGACGCCUAUUUUGGUCAUGGUGAUCUUGCCUUUCGUGGCAUACGCUGCCCUGAAGUUCGGGGAAGCUGGCAUGGAUGUUCUGAAGUCACUGCGGCCACUGGUAGUGGCAUCGAUACCUGGCCAGUCUCGCUCGCUGAAUCAGUUGAAGGCAAUGCGUGUCGAAGUGUCGAACCAACUCGCGGAAGUGAUCCGCGAAUUUGGUCCGGAGCUCUAUACAGACUUUGACGCAAAUCGCAUUUUGGUACCGUCUGCGAGUGUCCCACCGUCUACAGGUGAACAGGGUAUUUGGAGGCGAAAGAGCGGCACAGGUGGCGUCGAUGCUCAGGGAAACUUGCUCGUACAUCCAAUGACUUGGCUCGACGAACGCCUGUUCGGCUGGACUCGAAGUGCGUCUCGGGGAACAAGUGCGUGGUCAGGAACACGCAGCCAGGACAUCAGCAGGGCACCCAGUCCAGACGCAUCCGAGGACGAGACCGGCGACUACGACAACGUUCUAGGCUACCUCGAGGGCCGGAGUACUCAGUCGUCGCGCCCCGGACGUAGUCACCAAAGCUCCUAUGCCGAUAUCCAGCGGCUGAAGAUUGGCGCGGGUGUUAAUGGCGUCAAGUUCGCUGCGGCUAGCACCGGGACAGAGGCUGGCGACGCUGAGGGCCUCCAGAUGCGGCAGCGAGCCAGCUCGCGGACCCGCAAGACCUCGUUGUCAGAUAUGGUACCGGUGGAGAGGAUCGGUGCGCUGGAUAGGGAUGAGAACUUCCGUGAGGCAACGGACGACAUAAAUCACGAGCUGGAGAAUAAAAAGGAGCACAAGGACAAGUAG